AUGGGGUUCAUCGCCUCCUCCUUUUCCAAAGACGCCCGUGAGCGCGCACACGAUGCCAUUGUAAUUCUGCAAUGGGAGAACUCGGUCACUACCUUGUCGCCGCGCCUGAGAUUCUGGAUCAUUCGCUUCCCUGCCCUCAGCAAGGGCGCACCAAAGACGAGAGAGACAUCCUUCCCAGUCCCCACUGCCAUUGAGAAACAGAUUGAUGAAAUCAGCUCAAUUUCCUUCGGGACCAACCGUCGGUUGGGGCGACUUCAGCUGCCCCCGCAAGUCUUGUAUCAGUCGUCUUCGAGGUCGAUCCUCGUGCAUAAUCUCUUGGUCGGCGAAAGCCAGACCGAUAGCGAGCUCCUGAGUUGGGGACCUGGCCUACGUGUACGGAAAGUCCAAGUGACCGAUGGGCUUUUUGACGAACCACUGGCAUCCUCAUCAAAUACCAGAUUGUUGCCCCAUUCGACUGUCCAGGGGGGAUCCAGACUGACAACCGUGGCACAUGAGACUGGCGACGGUUCGAUAUCUGUCAAAUAUCGAUCCAGAGACUCAAACGGCUCCGAAUGGACCUCUGCCAGGGCGGAUCACAAGCUCGACUUCGAUAGACCCAAGGAACAAAUUGUACGAACAGCGUCGGUACUCAAUUCUGCUGUGUCAUCGGCAGUUUCUGGUUCAUCAGUCCCCCUUCACCGCGUGACCGUUGGCUCUACCCCAUACACAGUUCUUAUUAGUCUGGGGAGCAGCGAGGACGGCUCCAAGACCCAUGUCUCGCUUUACACGACAUUAGAGUCUGACUUCAAGGCAGAGGCACAGUCAGUCAAGGAGACUCGCGAUGAUCUUGGCCUGAGAUGGGAGGUUCAAAAUUUCCACCUGCCUAGUGGCGUCACCAACGUCGCACCGGUCGUGAUAAGAUGCUAUGAAAAGCCAUGCCCAAUUUAUCUCGUUCUGUUCUACACGUACCAAGGCGCCAUGUACUACAGCCACCUCAGAUACGCUGGCUCUGGAUAUUUCGGCAAUCAGGUCAUCGGUGUUCGGUGCCUCCUAGCCCCCGAGCCGGACCAGCAGGUUGCACCAGCGCCAAAAGCAUCCGCCUCCUCCAGAUGGUCGAUCUCGGCCAUUUCUCGUCCAACCCUCAAGCUUCCUGAGGCGGGCGAAGCCCCAUCUGAACAGAUUAAACAGGAACCCAUCUCGACGGCAUUGCACGGAUUCCAGCCCACCGUGAUACAAGCCGAGGGGAAUUUGUGGCUGUUUUACGAGGGACCCGAUGGUAAUCCGAGAUAUGCUGCUUGCUCCUACCUCCCAAGGGAAAUCAAAGAUCUCGGAGUCGGGUGGGAAGAAGUUUCAUGGUCUGCCGAGCCUCUUCUGAGCUCGGAGUCUGACGAAGGGACAGACGACAAGGCCUCUCCUAUUUCGAGACACUUUCUCCCUGUUGUUGUUCCUCGUGACUUCAUGAAUACUCCUUAA